CGCGCGCGCACUGUGCUUGUGUACCUCGGUGUGAGUCCGAGGAGCCACGCGGAAACGCGAGCGCGAGGACGACGGAGGCAGCAUCUCGGUCGGUCGCCCGGAGAAGCGACGACGCGUCGCGGAACGGCGGCAACAGGCGCGCGAUAUGUUAGUCGAGAUUUACGUCCGUGAGGAUCUCGUCGCGCGUAUUUGGUGUAAUCGCCGGGCGUAAGGGAAGGGGGGCGGGGUGGGGGGAAACUGUGAGAGAGCGGACAAGAGCGAGGUGGAGAAGGAGGAGGAGGCAAAUGCGCCUGGCCGCGCGGCUCCGACACACACACACACGCGCGCGCGGACGCGACGGGUGCGACGGUGAUCGCGGGGGCGAGGGAGAGAUAUAGCGUGGAGUAUAGUACCGCGCCGCACCUGACAGUCCACGCGGCGGCAGCGGCGGCGGCGGCCCGGCCCCCGAAAAACAAUCUCGCCACGCUAUAUACACGCGAGGACCGCGCCGUGUUUCAUUCGGAACGCGAGCGCCAUUGGCAAUGUCGGGAAGUGACAGCCCAACAUUCUUUCACGGCCAGCCCUGGUCCAGCUGGAUCGAAAGAAUCGGACGGGACAAGCCGCUGAGUGAUGAAGAAACAGAAGUCCAACCAUCAAGCUCAGUCACACGACUUUCUUCAGAUGAUAUCGAUUUGUAUGGCUUUUGUCCAGAGAGGGAUGUUUUUUAUGGAGUGGUGUGCGAAAUAUGCGAUGCCAUAGUGAAACCACAAGCUCUUAUUCAACAUAUGGAGUGUCGCCAUCCUUCCGGUAUGGCAAAUUUCCCGCCUCCCGCGACCCCGAUCGCAAAACCGUCCGUAAAAACUCCCUUCUGCAAAGUUUCCAAACUGAAGAGAAGCACUCAAUCACCAGCUCCUUCUUCAGUUUCGUCUUCGAUUCCUAUUGUUGGUGGCGGUGCCAAGCUGAACCACACGACCGUUAAGCGUACUGCGGAUCAGCCGAACUUGUCUGUAGGUGGAUCGUUGCCGAUCUCCUCGUCACCUCGAUCGCCUCUCGAAUCGAUCACAGUGCAAACUACCUCUCCUAACGUGACCGGCUCUUCGACUAUCGUCCAUGCAUCGACAAACAGUGGAGGCAGUCCGAGCAAAAGCCCUGGUCCCAGCAGUAGCAGUAGCAGUGGCAGCAGCCAACCUCGUCGGAAGAGGCUUAAAACGGAUCGUUCGUUGCUCAAAGACCGCGAGUACGAUCCUGACCGGCACUGUGGCGUAUGGAACGAGGAGACCGGCAAGCCCUGCACUAGGUCGCUCACAUGCAAAGCGCACACUGUCUCGCUGCGCCGAACGGUCGUCGGUCGCAGUAAGACCUUCGACAAACUCCUCGCGGAACAUCGUGCCGCGAAGGAGCAGCCGAAUAGCGGCGGUAGCCGGCAGACGACGAAGGUGACCGUCUCCGGCACCGUCACGGUAUCUUCAGCCGCCGUUACCGCCGCUACCGCUGUAUCCAACCUAAAUAAUCCUCUUGCUCCUAACACUCCAGUAUCCAUUGCCGAUUCGGAAACGCCGAGUUCACCGCCCGUACUAUCACUACCGGACACGUAUCCACUGCCAAAGGCUGUUGAUUUGCUUUAUCGGUGUCUGGCCCCGCAUGGCUCCACUAAACCUACCAAACUUGAGGAGGACUUUGUCAAUUCGGAAGAACUGCGAAAUUUGGAAUCUACGUUGGUGGCCAAUUCUACUGUCGCUGGCAGUAGCAGUAGUAACAGCAGCAGCAGCUCAUCGCAACAACAAUCAAGUUCGAUGAUGGCACCAAUAUCCGUGAUGCUACCGUCACUGUCCCCAUUACCGAGUGCUACUAGCGAAGAGUCAUCAGGAGUAGCCACUUUGAUACCAAGCACUACCACGACGCCAGUCGUACCGGCACCACUGCCAGCCACUUGCGUACAACCACCCACGGUGGUCGCCACAGUGCUCGAAGGCGAGACUCCGGUUGAUAUCGAUGCUGAGACUAUGUCCAUGUAUUCGCCCGUUUACACCACCAAAGAUACCAAGUCCCAGCUAGUGAUGCAGAUACAGUCACGACCAAAUAGUCAUUCGUCACAGUCACCUAUCUCGGUCAGAAGCUAUCAGCAAAUGCAAGCUUCAAUGCCGAGUCUGAACUUAUUCGAACCGGUGGAACAGCUGGAGCAACAGCAUGCCAGUCAAAUUAACGGCAAGAGACUGAACCAUGCAGCCUCGGCGUCGCGACAGCAGAAAAGGCACAAAUCGCAACAAGAGCAAUUGUGCCAAUCGUCGCAGGAUUUCCCGACGUCUGCGUCAAUCCAAGUCGAAGCAACGACCACGUCGUCGCCGUAUCCUCAUUUCGGCGACAUCUCUUGGUCGAAUUGUCAUCCGGAACCAUUAGCGGUUAGCCGAUGGCUCCGCAUUUCAUCCAACCGUAAACAAUACAACUUCAAUAUUCACUGACACAAGACCCCACCCACUCCGGGCUGAGGACCGUGUGCCGCGGGCGUCGUUUGUCUACCUCCUUAUCUUCACGAGAUCCUCUUUUUCUUCAUCGUCGCCCACGUCAUCAUCCUAGUCAUCGCCAUCACAGUCGAUGUUACGUCCACAGCCCGUCGAGGGGGAAAGGCUCUUGUUUCCACCAACAUCACGAUGUGAUUAUUUCGCAUAAUGAGAUCAAUCGCGAUGUAUCACCGAUCGCCUUGGACGACAGUCGACCCGUCAAACCUUCAAUGCGCGAUGUGAUCUUUUAUGAUAUCGCACAGCACGAAGCUUUCAGACUCGCAUCACGAAGACGCUGAUUGCCGUGAAACAUCGAGGAAAAAAUUCUCGGUCAACGGCCAUGAUAAUCACGUAUCUGGGCGUGUACCUGAACUCGUGGAACUCCAUAAAAAGAAGGAACGGGUUGACAUCUCUUCCGUUUACUCGCUAAAUUAAUGUUGUAGAAUAGAAUAUAAAAAGAUCAAGCUAAAUGAUUGAAAACACGUCUCGAUAACAGCGAAUGGAAUGCAUAACAACGAUACCAUAAAAUUUAUGCAAGGAUCCUCACGGUGUACCAUUGAGUGACUUAUAUUAGAGUGGCUUAAAAACGCCGCAGAACAUUCCUUCAGUCCUGUUUUCUUAACAAUACGUGUCACGAUUUUCUCCCGCAGUGAUUACGGAGACGAAUAUUUUAUUAGGUAAUUUCGAAGUGCUUUUCAAGGUAAGAAUUUACGUUUUGCGGAUCAAGAAUAUUUCUGUUAUAAAUCGAAUCACGUUACGAUUUAAUUGAUAAAAAUCUUUUAUUAGAUCUUUCUACUAAAAACGUAAUGACGAUGCAUAUUUAAUACAUCCGAUUUAUUUCAUAAUCAUAGUCGAAAUUGAUGAAAUAUCCUUUAUAAUUUUUUGAAUUUUUUGAAAUUUAAUUUGUACGUGUUGCUUCCUCGUAAAUUAUUGCCAAGUUCUAAAAGCUUUAAUUGAAAAAUUGAUAAUUGCACAGAAUUUUACGCAAUUAUCUUUACAGUACAGAAUGUCGUGCAUUUUUUAUUGAAUUGUGCAUAAAUUUUGUAAAUAGAUCACAGAUUAUUGUGUCUGUCCCAUAUUGUACAUAGAAAGACGUUUAGUAUCCUCUAUAAACACAUAGCCUUUAUAUAGAAAAAAACUUGGACUUAUUUCUCCAUGAUAUAAACAGAUUGUACAUACGAUUGUACAAUCUCGAUUGUACAUACACUGUAUAUACACAUAUAUAUUUUUUUUAUCAAUCACGAUCUCAUCCCUUUUGAAUAUACACUCUGGAAAUACGAAGCGCCAUUAUUUACUGUUAUAUCCGCUUCUUUUUUUUACCGUUUUUGCCAUAAGGAUGUAAUAGAAAUUUAUAGUUCUGAGUGAUUUAUUUUUCAAUUUGAUUUCAUUCUUUAUAUCGAAUUUCACAUCAAGACCCGUUUAUAAUGUAAAUACAAUACAUAAUAGGGAUAAAUGGAAUAUAAUCUUUUUCGAGUAAAUUAUGUUUCGAUAUAUAAAUUGAAGAGGCCAGUGGAUGAAAAUUUUAUAUUUCUAUUGAUCUUAAAUUGCAUGUAUGAUAAAUAUAAAAAAUGAUUUUAUUUAUUUAUCUUUAAUUGCAGUAUUUUCAUAAAGUCAUAUUUACAGUAAAUUUAUUUCAUCUAUUUGCUCUUUCAAUAAUAGCGAAUUCGUAUUCAUCUCUGCUUACCAAUAAAAGUCCGCGUAAAUCUACGCGAAAAACGACUGCGUGGCACGAUCGAUUAUCGCACUGAUUAAAGCGCUGAUAUAAUGUUAAGUCCUUAUUCUUCCUUACUUUUAUAAGACAUAAAACGAACAAAAUUUUAUAUAUAUGUAUAUGUAUGAUUGAGUAGUAUAUAGGCUAGCUGCGUUACUGUUUAAUUACGAUAUAAUUAUUGGAUUAUGACGCGUACCCGUAAAGUAUACCAUAAAAUGAAUUUUUAUUUCUAUAUAUAUAUACAUGUAAAAUCUGCAAGAAUUUCUUUUCUACGAUUCAGGCCCGGUUUAUUUUUAGUGCUUCGUUUAUAGAACGAUUGAUCGAUCGCCUCAAAUAAAUCGUAAGCGUACUACGUAGGUUUGCACGCGGACCCAAACAGACAGAUUAGUGAGCUACACGAUCCCGCUGUAUUCACCCAAGACGAUUAUUUAUUUUUGUACGUACUCGUUGAUUUGCAUCUCUGCGCACUGCAAUUUUCCAACGGGUGAAAAGAUGCGCGGGUAGCUAGCGAUGCGGCAAGACGCAUAUACGCGGAUUUCUUAUCAUAGAUUGUGAUAUUUAAUUAUUAAUGAUUAGUAAGAUAAUUGUAGAUGUGUCUAUGUGUUCGGCGACAAGAAACGUAGCGCAUUCUAUUCUUUUCCUGAUAACGGACGGCGCGUCUUGUACCGUCUCCCAUCUGGAUUUCGCCUUGUCAGGAGAAAAAAAAAAGAUUACUAAUCCUGCGGAGACAAUCUGCGUUGUUCCGCUUAGUUGUUACUCGCGUUAAUAAAUGAAUUUCUUUAUUGGUGAACGUAGUGAAAAAUUGAGAGAUGAUAAAAAAUUAGGCCAAUUUGCGAUAAUUAUUUGGGAAAUGGCAAGAGGUAGAGGAAUAUCGAGUAUAUAUGCGUGUGUGUGAGCGUGUGCAUGUGUGUGUUUUAUGUUAUGUCGAAUGUAAACAGGCGCUGAAUAUCGUUACCGCGCAGUAUAAAGCGAUGCUUCGUCGCCACUGAUCCUCUUGGCUACCUGAAAUCGUGAUAACUUAUACAUAAAUCAUGUAAGCAGAUUAUUACCUGCGUACCUAUGGAUAUCAAUUAGCCGCAUAGUUGCAUAAGGACGUAUUACAUAUUAUGUAUAUGCAUCUGUGCGAAUAUAUCGCAGCGGAAUUAAGGGAAAAAGAAUUCCGCUGGAAUUUGCAAUUGAGCAUUGAAACUCUAAUUGCUUCACGAACGUCUCACCUACGUAAUUUCGUGUGUAUAAUGUCGCAUUAAUGUUAGAUAUAGUCCGCCUGAUCGCAGAUACGACAAAAAUUGCGCGAGAGCGUUUAGUACUGAAUGCGAUUCUUUAAUUCUAAGCUUCAGUCGCCGGAUGUCGACGUGAGACAGGCAGCUACAGUUAGCCCAAAUGCGAAAUAACAUAAAUCAACGAAAUAUCGCGAAAUGCUACGUCCGUACGCGAAAAAACGAUACAGUUUUUUGUUUUCCCGAAAGCUACCUGUAUGUACCACAGUUAGUGUUCAUUGCUCGGCGCGUAACGAUCGUAUUAACAGAUUGCGAGCAGUCUUGAGAAACGAUGCGACUCCGAUAACGAAAAGAAAGUGCUUAAAGAACUUGCUCCUUUGCUAAUAGUGGCUCAAUGAUUGGAGGAGCCACGGAUUUUCUCUAUUAUUGUUCAAGCUCCCAUAGAGCAAUAAUAUACGAUCCACGAUCAAUUUAACAGCAAUAAUAAUUUCAAUAACUGUAAGACGUGUCAUUAAAAAAAAGCGUUCUCGUUUCCAAAAACUCUUAUGCUUUUGCAAUUAUCGGCAAAACGUAAAUAGUAUCGACCGGUGCUGCAGCUUUCUAAAUCAACAUGUAAAAAGAAGCAAUUGAAAGAGAUUCAUAGAAAUUUAUUUUACGUAAUUCAAAUGAAUUUAUUUUGGAUCUAUCAUAAUUAAUUGAGUUUUUCUUUACAUAUUUUAAUGGCUAUAAUUAGAGUUAAAAUAUGUUGAAAAUGCUAUAUUACUAUCAAAGAUAUUAGAAUAAUAAUAUUAUUAUAUUAUAUUACUCUAAUAAUAUAAUAUUAUAUUAUUAGAAAUAGACAUAAUAAAAAAUAUUAAUCUUAAAUUCGAAAUGGAUUCCUAUGAAUUUCUUUUCAUUAAUUAAUUUAUUUUUUUUAAUAAAAGCAAAACACAUUUGGAUAACCAAAACCGCUUCGUUACGUACCUAAGAAAAUUUAUUUAGGCCUUUAAAAAAAUGAAAGAAAUGAGAAUUGUAUUUUUCUUUGAGUCGACUCCUAAUAUUUCGUUAGAGCGCGCGCGCGGCACGAAACUAUUAUAGUAUUUUAAUUGAUUCUAACGAAUCCGCGUGAAACUGUAGUGCGGUGGAUUGAUACACGGUAGAUUGAUAAUUUGAUGAAGACUGAAUAUAUCGAUGAGAUCGGAAGGACUCAUUCGGCGAAUUAAAUUGCCGGACUUUUAGUGAAUUUUUUUAGAUGCUUUGUUCAAAUAGUGCAUAUAAUUCACUUAAUUUCUAUGACGUACUGGUACUAUAUGUAUAUUUGAAACGUGUGCACGUUACCAACGAAUAGUUGAUUUAUUUCUUUUUUUAGCACUGUAAUUUCACGUGGAAAAACUAAAAAAGGGACACUAACUUCAGAUUUAAAACAAAGCGAGAUAUUUUGUGGCAUUUAAUUUAAAUAUAUGUUUUAUAUUUAUUUGUAAAUCGAUUUUUUAUUUGUCCGUUUACCUUACACCUAUUCAUUGAUUUAUUAUUAUCUUUUUUCUAUUCAUACACAUGUACUAAUAGAUAGAGAAAUUUUCAUAUAAAAAUUAAAAAUAUAUCAUGAAGAAGACUCGUACAAAAUUUACACAUUAUGCUGUCGCUUAUUAUCACAUAUCAUUGUAAAUAUUAUAAUGCGAUAUUCCAAUUAUAUCGUAUUACCUAUAUGUUGUAAUAAUUACUUAAUAAUUAACGCGGCACAUAUAAUUAACAAAUAUUCAAAAUUGUAUGUGAUUUCAUUAUUUAUUAUCGAUAUAAAUUUAUUAACAUCGUUAAUAUUAUUAACAUCGUUUAUUACAAAUUAAAAGUAAAGCAAAUAUAAUAUUCAUGAUAUUAUAUUACGUAUCAUUAAAAAACCUGUUCAUUAAAAUUCUAAUCAUAUAAAUGGUAUAAAUAAAUUACUUCAUGAGAUUUACAGGAUUCGAAAACAUACGUAUCUCAAUAGCAACAUUUAAUUUCUCAUUAUAAAUACACAUCAUUCUUUUUUUUUUAAUUAAAACUUAAUCUUUGAUUUAAUGUGAUUUUCAUAUUAAGUAUAACUAAAAUUAUAAAAACAGAAAAAAAGUCUUGAAUAAAAUUUUUAUUUAGUAAGUAAUCGAUAAAAAAAUUUUUUGAAGACGGAAUGUUGCUGUACUGGCAUACAUUAUUUUCGGGAUACUCUGGGUCGUUGCCUCCGACUGAAACAUGCAUACUUUUAUUACUCCAUUUACUCAUCGUGAUCGAAGUUACCUAAAUGGAAAUACUGUAGAAUGACCAAGAACACAUAAUGUUCUAAAGGAUCUUAAAAAUUGAAUAUUAAUUAACAAAAAAUGUGUUUUAUGAAAUAUUAUGUUCUAAUAUUUAUUAGAUUACAUAAAUGCUAUUAAUGUUUGUACAAUGCGAUCGUUGUUGACAAAUUACGUAGCCGAGACGGAAAGCUUAACAAGAAAGUAAAAAGAGACACCACAAUUUGAUUUCAUUAUCUCAGCCAUCGUCAUAUUUCGUUCUUGUAAUAGAUUUUCGAACAUCUUGUAGCAAAAUAUGAGUUAUUUCGGAAAAUUUAUGUUUUGUAACCGUUUUUUCCUUUUAAGAAGAAAAAUAUUAAAAAUGUAAAAUUUAAUUCCUAUUUUUGCUAAACAAUUUAUUAAGUAAAUGAAGAUAAGUCAAUUAAGUAGUAAAAUUCUUAUUUUACCGCUAUAUUUAUGUAAAUUUUUCGUAAACAUUCAAUAAAUGUAAAAAUGUAAACAAGAAUAAACUGUCGACGUUUGAUACAAUAAAAGAUUACAGUUUCGAAUAAGCGAAGCGAAUCUCAGUCGUAUACGAUUUCCGAUAGAUUUCUGUAUAUACUUGGGCGAUGUUUUUGAAAUGCUAAGCGAUUAUAUGAAUACCAAUUUGGAUAUUACAUAAUUCAUAGAGGGAGAAAGUGUUUGAUGUGUCUAUUUCAACUCUUACUUUUUUUUUUUAAUACAUGUACGUUUUUGCUCCGUCAUUAUCGUAGGUUUUCACAUAGGUUUCCAUUUUUAUAUAGAUAUUGACAUCUCGAUUACACUGUCCGACAAAUUUUAACUUUUUUUAAGACAUGAUUCUUAUAAAUUUUUUAUCGUUGAAAACGAAUCCGUAAAUGGAAUUGCUCUAUCAAGUCACUUUUUAUAAAAUUAAACUUAAAAGUGACGAAAAAUGGCAUUCUUUUUAGUACCUUUGAGUUUAAGUGGUUAGAUUAUGUGAUAUAGCAAUUUCAUUCGCAGCAACAGAAAAUCUAUAAAAACCACUUGAUCCAGUUUAUGACAUGAAAUUAAUGUCGGACAGCGUUAUUAAACAUAGUAACAGUCGUCAUUGUAAGAAAAAUAUAUACGACCGAUAUAAUAGGGUAGCGCGCGAUUUGAUUCGCUAGCGCUCGUGAUCACGUUCUUCUCAGGUAUUUAACAUGUUUAUAAAUCAUGUAACUCCUUCCCGUAAUCACCACUAUCGAAGUUUGUCAGUCCCCAUUGAAAAAGCUUGUACAAUAAACAUUUCCGUGUCUCCUCGAUCAUCGUCGACGAUCAAUUUCUCUCACGGGCAGUCAAAGAAACUGUGCCAUUUAAUAGUAUAUGCACUUUAAUAUUUAUUGUAUUACAUUUUUAUAAAUUUUCUAGGCAAUCGUUUUUUUUUUGUUUUUUUUUUUUAAUCACUUUACGAAGUUUAGGAAGCAAUACCUUUUUCCAAAUAAACAAAUCUCUCGAUUUACGCGUGCAGGAUUUUUUUUUUUUAAUUUUCUUUAGCACAUAAAUUUUAUAAAAUAGUCAAGUAAUCUAUCUAGCUACAUUGGAAAAUCUAGCUACAUGUUACAAAAAAUAAUAUUUUUAUCUAUGACGUUUUUGUUUGUCCACGUAAAUCGUGAGAUGAAUGUAUAGUUUGGAUUUUCAUAGAGUAGAACAAAGCGAAUGUAAAUUUUUGAUGUUCUUCAUCGCAAAAAAUUAAAGCGAGUAUCAUACGCAUAGAAGAAAUAGAUAUAUGGAUGUGGGAAAAGAAAAAGUACUUUUCAAACACUAUAUAUUCCUCUAAAAAAAUGAGAAUUCUCCUCUAUUUGCGUAAUUACGUAAAAAGAUUUAUGUGUCCCGUAACACUACGCGCGGUCUGGUUAACUAAAAGUCUUAAUGUAAAAUCGUAAUGUUUAAGAGACGGGAAGGAUAUUCAGGCAUUGAAAAGACAAUUCCUGAUAUCCGAAUUCGAUGAUACUCGAAAUAAUCUUAUAUUGCCAACAUAGUCGACCAUAAUAUAAGCUAGAAAACAAGAUGUGCAGUGAUUUUUGUCGCUAACGUAACUCGAACUAAUCUUGUAUAAACGUCACUGCAACGUAUACUUAGGCUUCUUUCGUCGAGAAUGCUCGUGGGCGUUAAUAAUAUGCGUUUCUGUCUAGAGUACGAGUCGCAUUCUCGGUACGUUUACUCGAAAUAAAUUCGAGCAAUAUUUAUUGUACGAGCGAUUUUCACGCGGUUCGCGGUUUGAUUACAAGAAGAAACUACGUGUGUAACGAGUUAUAGGUAUAUUCUCUAUAUAAUAUACGACAAAUAACCAUUUAAUUCUUGACUACUUUAUUAUUGCAACAAACGUGAAAGACCGAAGAAAGAAAUUACGAUCGUGGAGACGAGGAAUGGAACGUAUCGCGACGGUGUGCAAAGAGAGAGAGAGAAAAAAAAUUCUUCUUUUCGAUCACUAGGAACAAUAUUGUUACGCAGUUGAUCGUUACAUGUGCAUAAGCUUUGGAAAUAAAAUGAAUCUUACCUCGUC